UCACGCGGUGCGGGUUGACACUUCCGGGUGGGAAGCGAGCGAGGCGGCCGGGCAGGGGCUUGGAUCUGCCGCGGCCAGCAUGGCGUACCACGGCCUCACCGUGCCUCUCAUCGUGAUGAGCGUGUUCUGGGGCUUCGUCGGCUUGCUUGUGCCCUGGUUCAUCCCGAAGGGUCCUAACCGGGGAGUUAUCAUCACCAUGUUGGUGACCUGUUCGGUGUGCUGCUAUCUCUUUUGGCUGAUUGCAAUUCUGGCCCAGCUCAACCCUCUUUUUGGACCGCAAUUGAAGAACGAGACCAUCUGGUAUCUGAAGUAUCACUGGCCUUGAGAAGGAGACACCAUGUGCCGAGCACCGACCCUGAGGUCACAGAGAGAAUGUGGUCUAGUUGCUAAAUGACCUCGAGGUGCAGACCGCUGCCUUCCACUCGCCUGUUCCAGGCACCAGCCGCCUUAAACGUCCAAACCACCUCUCAGUGUCUCGAUCUAUGAUGCAGUAUUUUUUCUCUUCAUCUUCUUUUACACUUUGAUGAAAUACGUGCCUACUCAACCUCAACUGUGCCGACUGCACAGGAUGCUCACGUUCUCGCCUGAGCUGCGAGGUGCUAUUCCUCUGAGAAAAU